AUGUUAUCAAUACCAAAUUUAGAAUUAAAUGAAAUGUUAAAUUCAUUUGACAAUUUCUUAUUUGAUGCAGAUGGAGUAUUGUGGCUGGGUAACCAGCCAAUUCCAGGAGCAAUUGAUUUUAUAAAUUUAUUAGUAAAUAAAAAUAAGAAUGUAUAUUUAAUAUCAAAUAAUUCAACAAAAACACUAGAAGAUUAUGGUAAAAAACUAGUUAAAUUAGGUUUUAACAAUAUUCCUUUAAAGAAUGUAUUUACUCCAGCUAUUGUUGGAGCAGAUUAUAUAUCAAAAAAUAGAAAAAGUAAUAAUCCUGCUUAUGUCAUUGGGACAAGUGGAUUAGGAAAGACUUUACGUAACGCUGGAGUAGAUACAAUAGGUAUUGGAGAAGAUCAUUUUGGUAAAUAUACAAAAACAGAUUUCUUGGAAAAUAUUAAUCUUGAAAGCCCAGUUUCAGCAGUUGUUGUUUCUUAUGAUAAUCAUUUUAGCUACACAAAGAUGAUGAAAGCUGCCAAUUACUUAAUAAACGAAGAUGUCUUAUUUAUUGUAACUAAUGAGGAUAAAACAUUUCCUGGUCCAAAUCCAUCUGUUAUUAUACCUGGUAGUGGAUCUAUGGCUGCUGCAGUUAUUGCUUGUGCACCAAGAAGUCCAAUUGUCAUUGGUAAACCACAUACAACAAUAUUUGAGUACAUGAAAACUCAUAUUAUGAUUAAUGAAAGUAGAACAAUUAUGUUUGGUGAUAGAUUAGACACUGAUAUAGCAUUUGCUCAUAACAAUGGACUUAAAAGUUGUUUAGUUGAAACAGGGAUUCACAAAUUAUCAGAUGUUUUAAAUUUACCAAAAGAUUUAAAAAAUAGGAAUACUUUAAUACCACAUUAUAUUAUAUCAAAUUUUAAAGUAUUUAUUUAA